AUGGGAGUGACAUAAACAUGUAUGAAAGAAAAGAACUCUACUCCCCAAAUUGAGUAUAGUGUUCCAAUGAUAUUUAAAAGAAAGCCAUAAGGCAAAAAACCUCGUAAAUAGAAUAUAUUAAUCCCUCCUUUAUCAUAGUUGGGAGAAAAUGAAGAAUCAUUAGAAUAACUCGAGCUGACUUUAUAAGAAACAAACAUCAAUUUUAGCAUUCACAAAACUGCAACUUUUAAUAGCAGUAGUGCUAAUCGUUAAUCCAUAAAGAUUAAUCCAAGCCUGAAUUUGUCUCUUAAUACAACAACUCCAAAUUCCGUAAUGUAAUAAAUGCUUCCUAAUUCAUCCUUUUAAGAGACCAAUUAAAACCAUCAAGAACCUAUCUAAUAGAAGCAACAAUAGCACAAGGAAUCACUAUUUAAGAUGCGAUCAGAAGCUAGGAAUGAUAGACGAGAUAAUUUUGCUAGAAGUUUGAGUAAUAAUUCGAGAGCCUAACGAGCUUAGAAUUUGAAUGAUGAAUCUUCUAUUUCAUAAAGAAAAGAUUCAGAGACCAAUACUAAAAAAAGUAUAUUGAAAAAUAAAUCACCAAUCCAAGCAAAUUAAUUAAAAAGAGGAAUAAGUCUUAAAUAGUAAUAACCGCCAUUAAAUUUCGAUGACACACAAUCAUAAAAAACAUCCAAAAGUUAAAAAAGAGUAAAAUUCGAUCCAAAAAUAUUCAGACCUAAGAACACUCAUUUUUUAUAAUGA